AUGUAUUCGACUAAAUUUUCGGCUCUAUAUCGUCUUAAUCAAUCAAUAAAUCAUGUUCGUCGUUCAUUUUUUAGCCAAACAUAUAUUAAUGGCCAAUGGGUAUCAUCACAAUCAGGUGAAACAUUUAAAGUCUAUAAUCCAGCAAAUGGUCAUGAAAUAGGUAGUGUACCCGAUUGCAAUAUUCAAGAUGCUGAAAAGGCUGUUCAAGCAGCUCAUGAUGCAUUCCAUCAUAAAUGGUCAAUGAAAACAGGAAAAGAACGAAGCAUUGUAAUGAAGAAAUUUUAUGAUUUGAUUGUAAAAAAUAAAGAUCAACUAGGCAAAAUAUUAACAACUGAAAUGGUAAUUUUAGUUUACUACAGAUAUCAAUUGGUGUUAAUAAGAGAAAUAAGAGAAUGUAAGGUGCCGCUAAAGCAGAAUUGGAGUAAAUUUUGUUUCUCGUUUAUUUACAUAUGGUUUGAUAGAGCUAGAAAAGCUGAUCAAGAAUAUGUACUUUUUAUUUCGAUUUCAUCUUUUUUUGGCUGA